UAAAAUUUGAGCCUUUUCAUUGACGACAGGAUCCGACUCUACCGCUUAACACCUUCAAUCUUCAUUUUUAUUUUUUAUUUAUUUAUUUCCCUUUCUUCAUCAAUAAUAUCUUCUUAUAUUCCUUCAUCACUUUUUUCUUAUCUAUAUAAUUCUCUCUUCUUUUUCUCUCUCAAUUUUCCACUAACCUCAAACAGUAACCACACACAUCUCAUGGAAAUGGAAAACCAUAACCAUCAUCAUCAUGAACAGCACCAGCACUACGGUAGUAAUACUAUAACUGAUCUCACACAGCUCAUUAGCAUUGGACAAAGGUCAACAACAACUAACCACUUCCCCACGGCGGAGCUAUUCCCCUCCGGCAACCACCCAAAUCUGGCAGUAACGGCGACACAACAACAAUACGAGAUGAUGAUGUUUGGUCGUCAGGUAGCCGAUAUAAUGCCUCGGAGUCUUCAUGACUUUGUUUCAAGAGAUUCUCCUGCUGUUGCUGCUACUGCUACUGCUACUACCACUACAACGAGCGCUUCAACUCCUUCUCUUAGCGGUAACUUAGAGGCGGAAACUACUGGUUGCAUUGGUGGAGGAGGUGGAAACAUCGUUGAUGCUUCCACCGGUAGAUGGCCGAGACAAGAGACUCUUACUCUUCUUGAAAUCAGAUCUCGUCUUGAUCCACAAUUCAAAGAAGCUACUCAAAAGGGUCCUCUUUGGGAUCAACUUUCUAGGAUAAUGUGUGAAGAGCAUGGUUAUCAAAGGAGUGGAAAAAAAUGCAGGGAGAAGUUUGAAAAUCUAUACAAAUACUACAAGAAAACAAAAGAAGGAAAAGCAGGAAGACAAGAUGGAAAACACUACAGAUUCUUUCGUCAACUCGAAGCCUUAUAUGGCGAAAACAACAAUAACCCUUCUUCAUCUUCACUCCCACAAAACAAUUUCGGAACCAACAACAAUCAAGAAAUGUUUCAUUCUCACAACAAAUAUUGCGAUAGUCUCAGCCUCACAAACUCCACCGAAUUCGACACGUCUUCGUCUGACAACAACGACGACAACGAUCAUAGCAUCGAGGGACUCAAGGAGAACGAGGGCUCCAUGGAUAAGCGAAAAAAGAGGAUGAGCGGAAGAAGCUUCUGGAAGGUAAAGAUAAAAGACUUCAUCGACUCACAGGUGAAGAAGUUGGUAGAGAAGCAAGAGGAAUGGUUGGAGAAACUCACGAAAACACUUGAACAAAAGGAAAAGGAGAGAGUUUUGAGAGAAGAAGAAUGGAGGAAACAAGAGAAAGAGAGGUUGGAAAAAGAGCAUAAUUUUUGGGCUAAAGAAAGAGCAUGGAUUGAAGCUAGAGAUGCCGCUUUAAUGGAAGCUUUGCAGAAACUAAAAGGAAACGAUGAAACAAUAACAAAGACGCAAUCCUCUUCUCAUGAUGGAAACAAGAAGAGAAAGGAAAAUACAAGAGGAUGUUUCUACUUUGAUAAUAACAACAAUGUUGAAAGAUCUUGUUUAUAUAACAACAAUGGAGUUGGAGUUGGAGUAGGAGUAGGAGUUUCCUAUUGUGAUGAUCAAAGGGAAGUACAAACAAACGACGGUUCGAAUUCUAACAACGUUGUUGUUGCAGCUGAAAGUUGUUUUCCAUUUUUGAUGGGUGAGGGUGGAAAUUUGUGGGAUAAUUACAGGGUUAAUAAACCUAAUCAAAACCAGUGAUUAGUGCUUUUUUUUAUGUUGAAAACUGAAAAGUUAGUUUUGUAAGAAUCUAAAUUCAAACUCUUGUUGAAAUAGUUGUUGACUGAGUUUUCUUCUCCAAAACAUCAGAGGUUAAAACAAAAACAAAAAAACUGUGUUCAGAUUUAUUCGACACUGAUACAGGUGAGUGUUUCUUUGUCA